AUACAUAGAUGUAGAGAAUCUUCGAAACUUCUCCUUUAAAAUAUUUUUCCUUUAUGUUCUUUCGCUUAAUUUAAAAAGGUUAGGUUAUUAGGUUACUUGUUUGUGUAUUAGGAUACUUGUUUGUGAUUCUAAUUUCUCGGAUGUAUAAAAAAUACCAGCUAUUGUUGAAAAAUCUACAAUCAAAAUAGUACAAUCAAAAGAAUUAUAAAAUAUCACAAACAUGUCACAACAAGAGGCUUCAGCGAGUACAAAAAUGAUGAAUACUAUCAAUAAUCAAGUUUCAGAUAGUACUUCAGAUAAUAUUCCUAGUACAAGCAUAGCGAUUAAAGUAACAAAUAUACAGAAUCCAUAUAUUAUAAGAGCUUAUGAAAUUAAGCAACAUGCAGCAAAACGUGAUAAGAUUCAAAGAAAAUUAAUGAGUUUCAUGAAAACUGAAGACUAUUUAAAACAGAAAGAUAAUGCUGAAGAUCCCAAAAUUGGUGAUAUAGUGCUGGUACAGAGUUGUAAUUAUAUAAAUGGAGCAGAGUUACCAUCAUUUAUCUGUCGAGGUUUAAUAAUGUAUAUUAAGAAGGAAAAGAAGAUAUAUUGUAUUCUUUUGGUGGAUCAUGGUACUAGCAUAGAAUUAACGAGGGAUAAAUUUUGUGUAGUGCCACAGAAUUUUAUUCCUGAAAAAUAUUUGACAAGAACUAUUGGCAUGUACAAUCUUUUGCCAAUUCGCAUGAAAAAGAAUGAUUCAAAUAAUUUCAAUAGUUUCAAUGAUUUCAAUGAUUCCGAUGAUUUCAAUGGUUCCAAUGGUUCAAAGUCUACAGCAAUUGUUGUAGAAGAAUGGAGCGAAGAAGCAAUUGAAUUUGCUAAGGAUAUGUUAUACGCGUCUAAAAUGGUAUACUUUGAUCAUUUAAUGACGGAUGAGACGAAUGGACGAGAAUAUGGAGAAUUUUAUCUAAUUAUUGAUAAUGAUGUCGUACGAUUAAGUACAGCUUUAAUUAUUAAUUAUUAUGCAGUUCGUAUAGAAGGAGAUUUAUUACAACUCAUUGAAGGUCAUACAAAAUCCAAAGAAAAUAUAAAAGAACACAUCAUAAAUACAAAGUUUUCAAAUAGUAAAAAAAAUAGAAAUAAUGCAAAGCAACUUUUUAAUGAUGCGCACAUUAAUUAUUCUUUUAAGAAAUUUUGUCUAAGUGAGAAGGUUUUCAUACAGUGCACAACAAAUUGUGGGGUUUUAAAUGAUGUUAGAGAUCUUAGUUAUCCUAAAGGAAUACAUGAGGGAUGGAACAAAUGUAUCAAAUCUUCGAGACCAAGAAAAAUUCAGUCUUAUAUAUGGCCAGCUAUAAAUAAUGGUUUCAAUGUUGUUGCUAUUGGAUCAUCACAAUGUGGUAAAACUAGUGGAUGUGUAAUGGCUGUUUGUGGUCUAGUAGCUAUGCGUCAAAAUGAAGUGUCACAUAGCGCGACUCAUCCUCUAGCACUAAUUUUAUGUACCUCGUCUUCUGAAGUAACUAAUGUUCAAUCAUUGUGCAUGUCAUUUCUGCAAUCUUUUAAUAAUGUAAAAGCUGUAUCAGCGUGUAUCGGCAAAAAGGACACAUCAUUAGCGGCAUCUAUUUAUGCAGGCUGUCAAAUCUUAGUAGCUACACCAUGUAGUCUAGUUCGAUUCUUGCGUAAGAAUAAAAAUUUAUUGUCAUUUGAUAGACUUUCUUAUCUAGUUCUUGACAAUGCUGAUGAACUUUUGGAUAAGUCUAAAGACUCGAUAGGAGAACUAUUCAAGAAAUAUAAAGUAAUCAAAAAUCGUGAACCACAAGGUGACAAUAGACCGAUACUGCAGAUAAUUAUAUCGGCAACAGAGUGUACAUCUCAAAUUAAGACAUUUAUAUCGGCAAUGUAUAAUCCAUAUAUAUGCAUCACAUCAUUAUCAGAAGCUAUUUGUUUUAAAUCUGUAUGUCCAGAUGUGUAUAUGUGCAGAUCAAAAAACAAAAACAAUCAAAUAUCAGUUUUAAUGAAGGAUAAUUAUACUACAAUGAAAACAAUGAUAGUAUGUAUAAAUGCCAAAGAAGCCAAAGAGUUAAAUAGUUUUUUAGAAGGUUUGAACAAAAAAACUCUACUGAUUCACGAAGAGAUGAUAUCAUCUGAUAUACAAGCUUUACAAGAAAGUUGGAAAGCAUGUAUACGUGGCUUGUAUCCAAUACUGAUAUGUACUGAUGGAGUUUUAGCUGAUCUGAAUUUUACUAAUAUUCAGUGGCUAAUACAUCAUUCUGUGAUGUUACAAUUCAGAACAAAAUUCAGUUAUAGGUUUUCUGUACUUUUAGAUAAUUUGAUACAACAGGAUGCCAAAAAAAAUUGUAAAAUUAGUAUAUUUAUCGACGAAAAAAAUGAUCAACAAAUUGGACCUUUAACAAAAAUAUUGAAACGGAUGAAUGUUGUGAUACCUUCGACAUUUUUGGAACAGAUUGAGAAAAUCGCAAUUACGAUUGAAAAGAAUAAAAAGAAGUAUGCUGUAUGUGAUAAUGUGAAAUUGUUAGGCUUCUGCCAAAAGAGAAACUGUGAAUUCAGACAUUAUAUAGUACCUGAAAUUGAUGCGCCAAUGACAAGUAUACGGAUAAAUGACCAGGUAAUAUUGAAUUUGAUGUAUAUUCACGAUUCAACGCAUUUCUCUGCAAGAAUACUCGAAUACAUAGCACAUUCAAGUAACCAAAUGAAGCAGAUAAAAUUUUCCGACGCGGAGUUCGCGCAAACUUCAUUUAAAAUACAAGAAUAUUAUAAAAAUGUUGAAAACAGGAAAGUGUGUACCUCGACGGACGUAGGAGAUAUCUGUGUUCUAGAGGAAUCCUUAGACGUAUUUAAACGAAUACAAAUUCUACGUAUCAGAUAUGAUAAAAACACUUCCGAAGACAUAGAUUUUGUAGAUGUGAGAUGCAUCGAUACCGGUGUUAUACACGAAUGUGUUAAUGUAUGCAAAUUAAUGCAUAUUCCAGAAGAAUUAUCAAAUCUUCCAACACACGUUGUAGAAAUAUUUUUAGCUGGUGUAGCACCACAGGAUGAAGAAUACGAAUGGAAUUAUCAUAUUAAUGAAACGGUUCAUAAAUGGCUCGCAGAGAAAAACGGUCGUGGAUCUUAUAUUACUGGAAAAGUUUGUCUACAUCUCGGAAAUACAAUAUGGUUAGACGAUAUUCAAAUUAGAACAAAGUUGCUCAAUCACCCUGACAUGAUAGGAUAUUCUUUAAAAAAGGAACUCGUUAAAAAUUUUGCAAUUUUGAAUGACAAUCAUAUACCAGAUCUGCUUAAACUUUGCAAGAUUAGUGGUUUGAGAGAAAUCAAUGGACAUUACAUAAAUGCAAUGUGUGAAUAAAAUAUUAACUUUUUUUUA